AUGGCGGACGAAGAGCAGCCACAGCAAGAGCUGCCCUCGCAGUCUCCUACCGCACAACCAACCGACUCUGAGCCCGUCGAAGCCGCCGACGCAGCAGCAGCAACGCUCGAGGAUGCCACCGCCGUCCAGGAGGCUGCUCCUGAGCCCACCUCGGAGCCUGCGCCCGAAACUGCCGACGAUAUCGACGUGAUCCCACCUUCCGACCCAGAUCAACUCACCGCCGUCGUUCGUGGCGAAGACACUGCAGCAGCAGCGCGCACCGCAGCCAUCUUUGACGAGGACGACGAUGACGAAGACCAACAAAACGCGGACGAGGACGAUCUUCCCAGCUUCCGUAAACGCGAAGCGCGCGAUGCCGACAACGCAGACGAUCCAGAUGCAGCUAUCAUCCGCAAGAAGAAGAAGAAACGUCAUCACAGUCCGGACGAGCCGUCUUCCGCGAGACACGCUGUAGAUGAUGGUGGUGAGGUGGAACAGGAAGAGGAGGAUCCGUAUGCCAACAUGACCGAGGCAGAGAUUCGACGCGCGAGAACGGACAGGAUGAUCGACGAGGCGUUGAAGGCGGGCAAGAAGAAGGCUCCGAGGAAGCGAGCUGGCGAGGACGAUUUGGAUCUGCUUGCUGACGAAGAGGUGGCUGCGCUGAGGAGGGAGAUGGUCACCGCGGCGGAUGAUGAUGAGGAGGCAAAUAGACUCAAAAGGCCUGCUACGAACAAACUCAAAUUGCUACCCAAGGUGGUGGCUACCCUGCAAAAGAGCCACCUCCAACAAUCCAUCCUCGACAACAACCUCCUCGAAGGCGUCAAACGCUGGCUCGAACCUCUCCCCGACAAAUCCCUCCCUGCGCUCAACAUCCAACACCAGUUCUUCCAGAUCCUCGAACGCAUGACCAUCGACACCAUCUCGCUCAAGAUGUCCGGUCUCGGCAAAGUCGUCGUCUUCUACAGCCUCUGUGCUCGCGUCGAACCCAAGAUCAAACGCUCCGCAGAGCACCUUAUCGAGAUAUGGUCGAGACCGGUGCUGAAGCGUUCGUCGUCGUACCGCGAUCGUCAUGUUGCUUCGGCCGAGUGGAACAGGGAUGCGCUGUCGCAGCAGCAGCAGAGGGCGGGCGUCGGCGAGGUCGGCAAUUCCAACAGAAGGAACGUCGGUAUUCCGCAGGCCGUCACCGCUGGAUUCAGCGUCGCGCCCCAGUCGAUCGCUGGUCAAAGGAGCGAUUCCGGCCACGAGGCUAGGAUGGCUAACCAUAAAAGGCUGAAUCAGUUCAAGAGCAGGUUGAAGGAGGCUAAGCGUUGA